AAAGAAAGAAACUUGUUUUUAAAAUGACUUUCCUUUGUCCACCAAGAGGAAGGCUACUGGAUUGCUUGGCCAGUUUCUUAGGAUGAACACUAGCCUUGUGGGAAGAAGAGGACAAUACUACAAUCAUCUUUGGCAUUCCCAUUUGGAAAAAAAAAACAUCUUCUACUGUGAUACAGAAAAUUGGAAGACUGUGACUCACAAUGAAUUUUAUAAAGGAAAACAGUCACACCCUCAUUCAAAGGAUGGGCAUUACAGUUAUAAAGCAGACCUCUGAUGAUCUGUUUGUAUGGAACGUCCUCAACGAUGAGGAAGUUGCCGUCAUUUGCCGUGAGAGAGUGGAGCAGGAUGCCGCACGCGUAAUCAUUCAUAUGAUUUUGAAGAAGGGCUCUGAGGCCUGCAGCCUCUUUCUUAGGUGUCUUGAAAAGUAUGACUAUGCUGUGUAUCAGGACUUAACUGGACAAAGCCUUUUCCAUCAGAACACGGAAGAAGACUUAGAAAUGUUGGCCCAAAAUUUAAAAGACCUAUACAACAGCCCUGCCUUUCUGAACUUCCAUCCCCUGGGUGAAGACAUCGACAUCAUUUUUAGUCUGAAGAAUACCUUCACGGAACCUGUCUUGUGGCGGAAGGACCAUCGUCAUCACCGUGUGGAGCAGCUGACCUUGGAUGGUCUGCUGGGGGCUCUUGAGAGCCCCUGCCUCAUUGAAGGGGAGUCUGGCAAAGGGAAAUCCACCCUGCUGCAGAGAAUUGCAAUGCUCUGGGCCUCCGGGCAGUGCAAGGCUCUGAAGGGGUUCAAACUGGUCUUCUUUGUCCGCCUGAGCAGUUCCAGAGGUGGACUGUUUGACACUUUGUGUGAUCAGUUCCUGACCGUGCCUGACUCCCUAAGCAAGCCUACCUUCAUGGCUGUGCUGCAGAAGCUGCGGAAGGCGGUCCUCUUCCUCCUCGACGGUUACAAUGAAUUCCAGCCCCAGAACUGCCCAGAAAUCGAGGCCCUAAUAAAAGAAAACCACCGUUUCAAGAACAUGGUCAUUGUAACCACCACCACCGACUGCCUGAGACAUAUCAGACAGGUUGGCGCCCUGACGGCUGAGGUGGGAGAUAUGGCAGAAGGCAGUGCCCAGUUCCUCAUCCGGCAAGUUCUCCUAGAUGAGCUGGCUGAAGGCCUGUUGUUCCAGAUCCAGGAGUCCAGGUGCUUGAGAAAUCUGAUGAAGACCCCUCUCUUUGUGGUGAUCACCUGUGCCGUCCAGAUGGGCAGGGAGGAAUUCCAGGCUCACACACAAACCAUGCUGUUCCAAACCUUCUAUGACCUCCUGAUACAGAAAAACAGGCACAAACACAGAGGUGGGACUUUGAGCGAUUUUGUCAGGAGCCUAGACUGCUGCGGAGACCUGGCCCUGGAGGGCGUGUUCUCCCAUAAGUUUGAUUUUGAACCCAAGGAUGUGUCCAGCAUCAACGAGAGCAUCCUGGUGACAACUGGGCUCCUCUGCAAGGACACAGCUCAGAGGCUGGAGCCCAGGUAUAAAUUCUUUCAUAAAUCGUUCCAGGAGUACACGGCAGGACGGAGACUCAGCAGUUUGCUGACGUCCAGAGAGCCAGAGGAGGUGAGCAAGGGAAAUGAAUACUUGAGGAAACUGGUUUCCAUCUCCCAUAUCACAUCCCUGUACGGCAAUCUGCUCCUGUACACGUGUGGGUCGUCCACAGAAGCCACCAGGGCUGUCAUGAGGCACCUGGCAGCGGUUCAUCAGCAUGGCAGCCUACAGGGGCUUUCUGUCCCCAAGAGGCCUCUCUGGAGGCAGGAAUCAAUACAAAGCCUGAGAAAUACCACGGAGCAAGAUGUCCUGAAAGCCAUCAAUGUAAACGCCUUUGUAGAGUGUGGCAUCAACUUAUUCUCGGAAAGCAUAUGCAAAUCGGCCCUGAGCCAGGAGUUCGAAGCGUUCUUUAGAGGCAAAAGUCUAUGCAUCAACUCGGAGAACAUCCCUGAUUACUUAUUUGACUUCUUCGAGUACCUGCCUAAUUGUGCCAGUGCGCUGGACUUCGUUAAGCUGGAUUUCUAUGGAAGAGCGACAGCUGGAGAGAGCGGCCCUGGAGCUCACCCGGAAGGGUCCUCGGAAACUUACAUCCCCAGCCGGGCUGUGUCUCUGUUCUUCAACUGGAAGCAGGAAUUCAAGACUCUAGAGGUCACACUCCGGGAUUUCUGCAAGCUGAAUAAACAAGACGUCAAAUAUCUGGGGAAGAUAGUCAGCUCUGCCACAAGCCUCCGUUUGUACAUCAAGAGAUGUGCGGCUGUGGCUGGGAGGCUCAGCUCAGUCCUCAGCACCUGCAAGAACAUCCAUUCGCUCAUGGUGGAAGCCAGUCCCCUCACCAUAGCCGACGAGCAGCACAUCACGUCCGUGACAAACCUCCAGAACUUGAGCAUUCACCAUCUGCAGACGGAGCGGCUGCCAGGCGGGCUGACAGACAGCUUGGGUAAUCUGAAGAACCUCGUCAAACUCAUACUUGACAACGUUAGGAUGAAUGAGGAAGAUGCUAAAAACCUAGCGGGAGGCCUGGGAAGCCUGAAGAAGAUGCGUCUGCUUCAUCUGACUCAUUUGUCUAACACUGGGGAGGGAAUGGACCACAUAGUCAAGGCUCUGUCAGGAGGACCGAGUGCUCUGCAGGAGAUGAAGCUGGUGGCCUGCUGUCUGAGCGCUAAGUCUGUGAGAACUCUAGCACAGAAUCUUCACAAUUUGGCCAAACUGAGCAUUCUUGAUUUAUCAGAAAAUUAUCUGGAAAAGGAUGGAAAUGAAGCUCUACAGGAACUGAUCGACAGGCUCUGCAUUCUGGAUCAGCUAACCACAUUGAUGCUGCCUUGGUGCUUGAACGUGCACACCAGCCUGCCCCUCCUGCUGAAUCAGUUGAAGAGGGUCCCAGGGCUUGCCAAACUCGGACUGAAAAACUGGAGACUCACAGACACAGAGAUUAGAAGUUUAGGUCCAUUUUUGGAGAUGAAUCCUCUGAGAAACUUGCAGCAGUUGGAUUUAGCAGGAAACUGUGUGAGCAGUGAUGGAUGGCUUUCCUUCAUGGAUGAUUUUAGGAAUCUUAAGCAAUUAGUAUUUUUUGACUUUAGUACUGAAGAAUUCUUACCAGAUGCAGCGCUGGUGAGAAAACUUAGUCAAGUGUUGUCUAAGUUAACUUUUCUGCAGGAAGUGAGGCUCACUGGGUGGGAGCUUGAUGGCUAUGAUAUUAGUGUUAUUAAAGGCAGCUUUAAGCUAGUGAUUGCUUAA